GCGGGGCCCGUCGCGGGAGCUGCAUGUGCGCGGGAGCCGCGGCGGAGGAUGGCCGUGCUCAAGCUCGCCGACCAGCCUCCACUGGUCCAGGCGAUUUUCAGUGGUGAUCCAGAGGAGAUACGGAUGCUGAUCUACAAAACUGAGGAUGUCAACGCCUUGGAUGCUGAGAAAAGAACACCUCUUCAUGUUGCAUCGUUCCUGGGGGAUGCAGACAUCAUUGAGCUUCUCAUUUUGUCAGGCGCUCGUGUCAAUGCCAAGGACAAUAUGUGGCUGACUCCUCUCCAUCGAGCAGUUGCUUCAAGAAGUGAAGAAGCCGUGCAGGUGCUCAUCAAGCACUCGGCCGAUGUCAACGCCCGGGACAAGAACUGGCAGACCCCGCUGCACGUGGCGGCCGCCAACAAGGCGGUGAAGUGCGCGGAGAUCCUGAUCCCCCUGCUGAGCAGCGUCAACGUGUCGGACCGCGGCGGGCGCACGGCGCUGCACCACGCCGCGCUCAACGGCCACAUCGAGAUGGUGAACUUGCUCUUAGCCAAGGGGGCAAACAUCAAUGCUUUUGACAAAAAGGACAGAAGAGCUCUUCACUGGGCAGCGUACAUGGGUCACCUGGAAGUUGUUGCCUUACUGAUUAAUCAUGGUGCAGAAGUGACUUGUAAAGACAAGAAGGGUUACACCCCACUUCAUGCAGCUGCAUCCAAUGGGCAGAUUAACAUUGUGAAACAACUCCUUAACCUGGGGGUGGAGAUUGAUGAGAUGAACAUCUAUGGAAACACUGCACUUCACAUUGCCUGUUACAACGGUCAGGAUUCUGUUGUUAAUGAGCUGAUUGACUAUGGUGCUAAUGUAAAUCAGCCUAAUAACAAUGGAUUCACCCCCUUGCAUUUUGCUGCUGCCUCCACUCAUGGAGCACUGUGUCUUGAACUACUAGUGAAUAAUGGGGCAGAUGUUAAUAUUCAGAGCAAGGAUGGGAAGAGCCCCCUGCACAUGACAGCUGUCCAUGGGAGGUUCACGCGGUCGCAGACCCUCAUCCAGAACGGAGGGGAAAUCGACUGUGUAGAUAAAGAUGGUAACACCCCUCUGCACGUGGCUGCAAGAUACGGACACGAGCUCUUGAUCAACACCCUCAUAACCAGCGGAGCCGAUACUGCCAAGUGUGGGAUACACAACAUGUUCCCUUUACACUUAGCAGCACUGAAUGCCCACUCAGACUGCUGCAGGAAAUUGUUGUCAUCAGGACAAAAGUGUAGCAUAGUGUCCUUGUUUAGUAAUGAGCACGUGCUGUCUGCAGGCUUUGACAUAGACACCCCCGACAGCUUCGGAAGAACGUGCCUGCACGCGGCCGCUGCCGGAGGUAAUGUAGAAUGUAUAAAACUCUUACAAAGCAGUGGAGCAGAUUUUAAUAAGAAGGACAAAUGUGGAAGGACACCUUUGCACUAUGCAGCUGCAAAUUGUCAUUUCCACUGCAUUGAGACUCUGGUGACAACAGGAGCCAAUAUUAAUGAAACAGAUGACUGGGGGCGCACCCCUUUGCACUACGCUGCUGCUUCUGACAUGGACCGAAAAAGAAAGAAUAUUUUAGGUAACUCCCAUGAAAAUGCUGAAGAACUUGAAAGAGCCACUGAGAUGAAGGAAAAAGAAGCUGCAUUGUGUCUCGAGUUCCUUCUGCAGAACGAUGCCAACCCAUCCAUCCAGGACAAGGAGGGCUACAACACCGUGCAUUACGCGGCUGCCUACGGGCACCGGCAGUGCUUGGAGCUGAUUGGAAGCAAAACUCCAUUGGAUAUAUCUGCUGUGCUGGCCUCAUGGACACAGACUAAAGGCCAGUAUCAGCUUCUGGAAAAAACAAACAAUAUGUUUGAGGAUUCUGAUUCUGCAGCUACAAAAAGUCCUUUGCAUUUAGCUGCCUAUAAUGGUCAUCAUCAAGCUCUGGAGGUGCUUCUCCAAUCUCUGGUGGAUCUGGAUAUUAAGGAUGACAAGGGACGCACUGCUCUGGACUUGGCUGCAUUCAGAGGACAUGCAGAGUGUGUGGAAGCUCUCAUCAGCCAGGGUGCUUCUGUCACUGUAAAGGACAAUGUCACCAAAAGGACCCCCCUCCAUGCCUCAGUCAUUAAUGGCCAUACCCCUUGUUUACGAUUGUUGCUGGAAGUUGCAGACAACCCUGAUGUGACAGACGCCAAAGGACAAACUCCGUUAAUGCUUGCAGUGGCAUAUGGGCACAUUGAUGCUGUUUCUUUAUUACUUGAAAAAGAAGCAUCUGUAGAUGCAGCUGAUCUCCUGGGAUGCACAGCUUUACAUCGAGGGAUCAUGACUGGGCACGAAGAGUGCGUCCAGAUGCUGUUAGAGAAAGAAGUCUCUAUUUUGUGUAAGGAUGCCAGGGGCAGGACACCUCUGCACUUCGCAGCAGCUCGGGGUCACGCCACGUGGCUGGGCGAGUUACUGCAGGUGGCCCUCGCCGAGGAGGACUGCAGCCUGAAGGACAACCAGGGCUACACGCCCCUGCACUGGGCUUCCUACAAUGGUCAUGAGAACUGCAUAGAGGUACUAUUGGAACAAAAACUUUUCCACAAGUUCUAUGGAAAUAGCUUCUCUCCAUUGCACUGUGCUGUAAUCAAUGAUCAUGAAAACUGUGCAUCACUACUCAUCGGAGCCAUCGACGCCAGCAUUGUCAAUUGUGAGGAUGACAAAGGAAGGACGCCCCUGCACGCCGCAGCCUUCGCCGACCACGUGGAGUGCCUGCAGCUGCUGCUGAGCCACAGCGCGCACGUGAACGCGGCCGACCGCGCGGGCAGGACGCCGCUCAUGAUGGCAGCGCACAGCGGGCACGUGGGCGCCGUCGACUUUUUGGUGAACAUUGCCAAGGCUGACCUGACAUUAAAAGAUAAGGAGUUGAAUACAUCUUUGCACUUGGCUAGCAGUAAAGGUCAUGAAAAAUGUGCCUUGUUAAUACUUGACAAGAUCCAAGAACAGAGCCUUAUUAAUGCAAAAAAUAAUGCAUUGCAGACACCUCUUCAUAUUGCUGCACGAAAUGGCCUAAAGAUGGUGGUUGAGGAGCUGCUGGCCAAAGGGGCCUGUGUCCUGGCAGUGGAUGAAAAUGGUCAUACGCCAGCCCUGGCUUGUGCUCCUAACAAAGACGUGGCUGACUGCCUGGCACUCAUUUUGGCUACCAUGAUGCCUUUUUCUCCCUCCAGUUCAGUGACGGCUUUCAACUUCACUUGUUUUAAAAAAGACAAUUUGGGCAGGACACACCUCUGCGAUGGCUCCGCUGUGGGCGGCAUUAACUCUUACGAUAAGCCCUUGAGUAAUAACAUAGGAACAGAGGAUGGGUACAAUGAAAAUGAUUCGGAUUCUGAAACAUUUUGACUAGUUGGUAUUCGAAAACUUCUUUCGUUAUUAUUUCGUUUCAGCUUUAAUUUUUGUCUUUUUAAACAGCUUAAAUCCCACAGUUAUAUUCUUAACUAUUAUUCUUGACAAGAAGGUAUGGAAAGAUUUGUAGUGCUGAUGAGAAUCAAGCCUUUAAAUAACAAAAUUAGAGGGAUUUACUGGAACAUAUUCCUAUUAGAGUUCUGCAGCUUUUCAGUUUCCUGAUGUUUUCUUUAGGCCCAAAGUGCCCCUGUGAAAAGUCUCUACCUCUUAUUUUAAGUAGAAAAAGAGAAAAUGCCUUUUUUUCUUUUUGACAGCACAAAUAAACAGGGAACUGCUUGUUCUUUCAUGUUUUAGCUGCACCUUUAGUGCACAAUCCUAUUUCCAGCAUAGCCUUUGAGCAUCAGAUUUGAGCAUCACCCCUUUCCUAUGUUUGUCUGUUUCCUGCUUCCAGGGGCUCUGUUAAUUAGAUAAUUUUUUUACAUGAACCAAAGGUAAAGUUGUAAUCUUAAAACUGCCUGUAUUACUUUUCUACAGGAAAUGAAACCUUUUACAUUCUGCCUGUAUUAAGCACUUAAACGUACAGAAGGCACUUUUUACAGUUUUAAGUUGCAGUACACAAUUAGAAAAAUGGAGUUGUUAACUCUAAAGGCCAAAUUCUGCUCAUCUCACCAUAUUUUCCCAUGAACAUCACUUCUGUAAAAUGCUAAUCACUUGGCCCUUAUUUUUUUUCAAUUCAGCACAAAUGUUUAUUUGCACUACAGAAUUAGGGUCAUUAGAUUUUUCUGUCUCCUGAGCCAUGAAUCAUGAAUCCAGUACCAGAAAAAAAAGGGGAGAGGGGGAGAAAUCAGGUGUAGACAAAGAUGUACGUAAAAGUUUAUAAUGAUUUGCCAACUUAAGUGGCGCUUUUUUCCUUUUCUAUGGUUAAAUAAUUUAUUUUUACUGUGAACAGUAUUGAAUUUUAAAAUACUUUUGCCAGUGUUUGGAUUAACAGAGCAAAGGCAAAGCAAUGAAAGCGUAACACCAAAAGGUGAAAUACCAAACACCAGAAACAUUAGCAGUGUACCGUGUAGGGGACACAGAGAUAGAUGCUAAAAAGCCUUUUGUCACCAGCUUUUAAAGCAGUGUCAACUUUGUGAAUAUGUUUACUCCUUCUGCCAAAGUUUCUAGGUCAAAUGGACCCCGACCCUCCUCUGCAACAGAUGUACAAAAGGAAGAAUGAGACUUUGUAAACAAAAACAAAAAAACACAAACAAAAAAACUGUCAUGAACUAACCAGCUGUACCAAGAGGACCAAAAUGCUUCAGUAAUUCAAUUGAAGACUUUACUACUUUUAUUUUUCUGUUCAUAUGUGAGUGACAUAAUGAAGUAGUUUUUUCUAAAUGAUAAAAAUAUAAACUUUUGAGGUGAAAGUAGUCUUGGGUGAAUUUUACAUUUUAUGACACAGGUUUCAAGUUGACAUUUUUAACUGAUGAUGUGUUGACCACAGGUGGGUUUUUUUCCCAGACUUAAGAAUAUGUUCAUAUACUUUUAAUGUAGAUGUGUUUCUAUUUAUUUGAAAUGAAACAAAUGCCCAGGAAAAAUCACUAUGCUUGUUCUCCUAGUUAGCAUUCAUGCAUACUGAAAUGAAAUGUGAAUCUGGCAAGACUGAGGGCCUGAGGAGCAAAAGGAAGGGUGGAUGCACACUGGGAGAGUGCCCAUCUUGUAUGGAAUGCAAAGGACCACUGUCUGUGUGGGGGAAAAAGCUGAAACCAAAACACCUUCCUUUGUUUAAGAGCUUAAGAAGCUCAGACUUGCCAGACAGGUGAGAAAACCCACCCAGCUGUGGCAGAGCAUGGAGUCAGGCGUUCCUGUUCCUGUCACACUCAGCUUGUCUCAGGCCUGUGUCUGUGCUGGGAGGGUGAGAUGAACUUCCUCGGUGCUCGCUUUUGGCAGAGUAAAGGAAAAGUAAGGAUUUGAAUGUUAGUUGCAGUUUUUAGCCCUGUUCUGCUGGAUUGUUGAAAAUCUAUUGGCAGAUUUCAGUUCUUUAAUUACUAAAAAAAAUUUGAUAUAGUAAGUUUAUUUUGCCUUACUAAAAUUGAGCAUUUUUUCCUUGAACGUUAGCAAUCUUCCAAAGUUUACAGCUAAAAAAUCUCCCUUUUCUCUCAACUCUGUAGUUUCUACAGUAGAAUGACAGAGAACCUGAAACCUUGGUUUUCUCCUCAGAAAUAGCACCAAAUAACAUUUUAAUUGGUUUUUCUCAGCAUUUUUGCUUUUAAAAGUUGCCGAAUAGCAAUAACCAUCGUACUUAAAUCACUGGAAAUAAGAGGAGAGCGCAAUUGUUAAAAUUUUCAGUGGUGCCUGUUCCAAAAUUAACAGUAAUCCCAAAUUUUGGGGUUUUUAAUGUAGAAGGAUGGCAUUGAAAACAAACAUAUGGGAAAUAGCUGCCACCUGUCUAACAGCAGAAUCAGCAUUUUAAUCUUAUUUUAAGCAGAAAUGUAGGCAGGCUCCUUGGCAGGAUUAGUUGUAAGUCUCACCCUGAAAUACAGCAAAUUACGCUAUCCUACAUGACAGUGCUUCAUUAAGAGAAACCAGCCCUCUUUAUAAAAAAGUUGUUACAUUAUUUGAAGCAGCCAUUUUUAAAGUUUCAGUAUUUUCACCUGCUGCCCAUGCAGUUACCAAAAAUUUUCUAAUGGCGAUACCUCCUAACACUGGUAACUGUGUGGUGCAACAGCUGCUGCCUCUCAGCGCAUCCCAGAGGCAGAGGUGAUUUGUUUCUGAGUCACGCUGGUCCUUCCAGGAGCCAAAUCCAACCUUUAGCCAUGGAACCCCUCAAUGCUGCCAGGAUGCAGCAUUCCAAAGAGCACAGGAUCAUACACUGUGCUCACCUCCAGGGCACUGCACAGGUCGUGUUUUGAGGGUGCUGGAUUUAGGAGGAAGACUGCCACGAGCGAGACACUCGGACGUGCUCAGUGUUGGCCUCUCCCACAUCUCUUGUGAGUUACCAGAAUCCCUUUUUUUUGUAUGCUAGCACAUUAAUCUGUAAUUUAUCACAUGUAGAAAUCAGUGUGUAGUGUAGGGCAGGUAUACAAGCAUGCGAGUAAUGUUACUCUUGUAAAUAAUCUCCUUGCCUUUCUGUGGACUCCUUACAAGAGUAAUCAUACAGAAUCAUUGCACUUAACCCUGGAUCCUGCAGCUUACAGGAGGUGGACAACCUCUGUGUCUGCACCCAGCAGAGGGCACUUGGGGAGGGGCAGCUCCCUGCCCAGGUGUCCUGGCAGGAUCGUUUCAUCCUGUAUUUUAACCACAGCUGCAGGUGGAAUCCAGAGCAGGAUGGGCUCCCAAGUCUCUCUCACAAAUACUGAGUCACAACCUCCGGACUGCCUGAAAUAGCUGUGAAAUAGCUCAGGGGAUUUCUGUUCAUCGCUACUAAAAGGGCACCAUAAUGUGUUUGGUACUUUUAUGCAGUCAGCAACUGCCAGGUUAUUGAAUUGGAACAAACACAUGAAAUGAAUUGUUUAUCCAUUGUACUGUUGAGAAACUUGGUUAUGUAUUUGAGGAUGAUUUAAAAAAAAUUGUGAUUUUUUUAUUCUUAGUCAUGUAAGAAAUAUUAGAGUGCCUUUUUAUAUUUGUGUAUAAUGGAAAUGUUUUGUGAAACUUGUCUCUUUUUUUUUCAUUUGAGUGUUAUAAAAGCAAUAUAUUACCAGUAAAUUUUCAUUUCAGACCUUCUUUGAAUGUAUAAAGUGUUUCUUCUUUUCAUAUGUUCUACCUGCAUUGAAAUGAAAAUUAAUAUGCUAAAUUUCUAUAGGAAUAAUGUAUAAUUUUCGCAGUGCUGAAAAUGCUUUCUUAUUACACAAAAAGUAAACUUAGGUCAGUGUUAUAGGAAAGGGCGUUUUAAACUAGUGACAAUCUUGAGUGUGUGUAUAAAAUGUAAUUUUAUGCAUUUCUUAUGCAGUGAUCUACAUAUUAAAGCCAAUAUCUUAUGUUUUGUAGGUUUUGUCUUAUAUUUUAUGCUUUAGCAUGUGCAAUAUAUCUUUACAAACCAUGGUGAUACGCAUCUGGUGCCAGUGUUAUAUUUUGCAUAACAUUUGUAAUAAACUAUAUAAAACAUUGUUUGAUGGUUUCGGUGGGGUUUUGUCAGUAUUGUUUGCUUUUGUAAAUUGAAGUUUAAGGACUUGGGUAAAUGUCACAUAUGAAAUGAGGAGAAAAAAACUUAAUUCAUUGAAUGACUUGGAAUUCAACCUGGAUCUUCUCGAGCACAAUUUAGUAACUUUUUAAACUACUGAAUGCUGUAUUAAUGUAAUAAAGAGCCCUAACUGUAAACUACUCUUGCAAUGCAUUCAGAUGGGUUAUUUUUACAAAUAAAAAUGGUACAAAUACAGCGGAAAA